GCUCAGUAGGCAGCCGCCUGAAUAAUGCCGAUGACUGUUGUUUCCAGUAGACUUUCACCGGCGAUUCUCCCAACCGGUUUAUCAUUCUCACGGUUGCUUUCCGUCAAGUACGCCGCUCAGAGACUCCCUGUUUCCGCUCUCAUAUCAGCUCGUGCAUCUUCUGCCUCCGUCGAGACAAAGUCGAGUGUGGAUUAUGUAGUCGAGAAGGAGAAGAAGAACAUUCUAGCUUGUCCCAUCUGUUAUAACUCCUUAGCAGCAUUGAUUAGUCAACCCCAUGAAUCAGCAGAAUCUCCUGCCUCUGGUACUCACUUACAAUGCAAAACCUGUAACAAGAGUUACUCAGCUAAUGAGACGCAUCUUGAUUUGACUGUGGCUAGUGGAACCAAGCAAUACACUGAACCACUGCCUCUUUCAAUCGAGUUGUACAGGAAUCCAUUAGUCUCCUUCCUUUACGAGAGAGGUUGGCGUCAGAAUUUCAUGUGGGGUGGUUUUCCAGGACCCGAGAAAGAGUUUGAAAUGGCUAAAGAAUAUUUGAAGCAUGUUUUGGGAGGCAAUAUCAUUGACGCCAGUUGCGGAAGUGGCAUAUUUUCAAGAUUAUUCGCUAAGAGUGAGCAUUUUGCUAUGGUGUACGCCCUUGAUUACUCGGAGAAUAUGCUGCGACAGUGUUACGAGUUCUUGAAACAAGAAGCUAACUUAAUUGACAAAAAGAUCGUUGUGCUGGCUCGAGCAGACAUAGCUAGACUCCCGUUUCUUUCGGGUUCAGUUGACGCUGUCCAUGCUGGUGCUGCGUUACAUUGCUGGCCUUCACCAUCUUCAGCUGUUGCUGAGAUAAGCCGUGUUCUUAGACCUGGAGGAGUAUUUGUUGCCACCACGUUCAUUUAUGAUGGCCUCGUCCGUUUUGUCCCGUUCUUGAAGGAGCUUCGCCAGGAAGUAAUGGGGUAUUCAGGUUCUCACAUGUUUCUGAGCGAACGUGAGCUGGAAGAUCUCUGCAAAUCAUGUGGACUCGUUGGUUUCACUUGUGUUAGAAACGGGCUAUUUAUAAUGCUCUCAGCCACAAAACCCACCGAUAUGCUCACCCACUUAUGAAGACCUUUAGUCCUUGAAUGUAUACACAAUCUUUCUGUAGUUGAAAAUUUUGGUAUAUAGUUACCAGUUUGCCAUUAUUAACAUUGUAAAGAAGUGACAUAGUACAUUGUAACCUAUGUUAUAAAGCAUUUUGCAAAUUUAUUAUCUACUA